AGACUUCACCGCCACCGCCAUUUCACCGCCGCCAAGAUCUCACCGCUGUUGACGCUAUCACCUGCUGCAGGUACAAUUGCAACUGUAGAAUAGGCGGAGGAUUACAUUGCUGGCGGCUUUCAAAGCUUCUAUGGUGAUGAAUUUUUUUUUGUCCUUCCAUUAUUUUUCUGCCGUUUAGUUUGAUGCAUUCCUCAACCAAUUCCUCCUCAUCGAUCUCACCCUGGAUGCAGGCCAUUUGUGCCAGACUUUUACCACGAGUGCCUCGAGUGUAUCUUAUCAGAUAAAAUGUGAGAUAGAGAAUUUGGUAGAGGGAAUACAAUUUUAUUUAAUGAUUUGCGCCUCAUCAUUGAUCAUGGCUUCAAUAACUCCAUUCCCUCUAACAGUGACUACAACCAUUCAUUUAGUACACGCAGGGCUUUCUGGUUAAUUCCCACUGUCUCCUGUUAUGCAUCUUCUUGUCCUACAAGAGAAACUGAGUGUACCAGUGUAAUGUAACGUAUAUGAGUGAUAUGGCAAUCUUGGGCAAAUAGUAGGUGGUGUGUGCAAACACUGGGAGGUAGAUCUGAGGCUUUCAAAAGUGUUUUGUUAAUGAUUGGAGCAUAUGAUCAUUAGAUAGGACUCCUGAUCUAUUGAUAUAUAAGUAAUAGAACUUUUUAAUACUGUUUGAAAUCAGUUGAGUAGUUAGCGGAAUGUGGAAUUGAAAGAUGCAUCCCCUGAUCUUGCCUUCCCUUGUGAAGUUAUUGAAAUUUGUCAAUGCAUCCAGAUACUUAAAGCUACACUCUGUGAUUGAUCUCCAUUGCUAUCUGUUGCCACAACUUUUUCAUUGUUAAAAAGUCACUAAAUUCUCAGCAUUUAUAGGAAAUCACUCCAUUGCCUCCAGCAACUCUUAGAGAAUACUCUCCCUGAUGUUGUCCACUUAUGUUAGGUUUCCCAAGAUAAAUUCAAAAGAAGCUCAACUACCAGGUAUUGCACCAGCCAUCAUACAUCUCCUUUUUAAGUGGUGUAAGCUUUAACUGGAACUUAUGACUCAAUGUUGUCCCCCUCCUGGUGCAUCCAGAUAAUAAUUAGCAUGGUUAGUGCUGACUGGAUGCCCCUUUUACGGAAAAAGGUAGAAAUGUAGAUUUAUCACAUACCACAAUAUAUAUGCCAGUUUUCAGAACCUUCAAAUCUAGCCCCCUCUCUGGCUCUUUUCAGAACUUCUGUAACAUGGCGUAUAACAUAUCUCCGGGGUAUAAAUUAAUAAUUCUAUUAUGUUAAUGAUACCACAGCGAUUAUGUUACUAAGCUGGUAUACCGAGGUCUAUUUUAGUACUCCAAAGAACAAGACAUUAAAUCCAACUCGGGAAUUAAAAAAAAAAUCUGGGAAUUAAAAAGCCAACACUUGAUUUUUAAAAAGGUCCUUAAAAAAAAGAUUCUACAACAGAAAACCUGCUUCAUAUGUGUGGUGCUCCUUCACAAUAAUGCUGAUCGACGCUAAAGUGAUCUAGAAAGCAGUUGAGUCAAACCAACUAUAAUUGAGUCUAAAUAGUGGAUUCUCCUUAGGCAUUGGUUCAAAAGGCCCACUGAUACUUGAGAGUAAUUUGCAAUUAGUAAAUGCUGACCCUACCAGCAAUAUCCACAUCCUGAAUAUUAUCUGUUAAGGCCUUGUGUUAUUCUAUGUUAUUGCCUUCCUCCAAGAAUUAAAACUUUCAAUAUAUUUAAUUUUCACUUCUUGCUACCUAGCCCAGUAAUCGCUUACUGCUUCAUCAGUACUUUCAAGAUGCUUAUACAUAAAGAUGAAUCAUACAAUUGAUCAAGGACUUUACUUGUCAUGUUUUGGUGCACCAGAUGCCUUGAUUCUAUGCAGAUAUUUUGGGGGGUGUUUUGAUGUUGAAUUACAAAGCCACUGUGGAAGUGAAAGAAAUUAAAAAUAUAAUUUUUAUCUGACAAAAGGAAGGAAGGUUUUGGAACAAAGAGAAGAGAUAAUAAAUUAGCACUUUAAGUGACUUGAGCACAACCAAGGAAAGAAACGUAUGCAGGAAUGUUUGAGAUAGCCCUGCUUUUGGUCCUGAAGACCAAUUUGAAAUUUGGAAAAAGUGAAAAUUAUUUUAACAGUUUUGAAUAGGUUUCACUCAUGGUCACAUUAUUAUUGUUGCUUGUCUUCCCUCUCCAUACUUGCAGAUUGAUGAUCGUAUCCUUCAAGACAAGUUUGUUCAAUUCUCUUCUGUUGUUAUGUGCUGCUUAUUAAAAAUUCAACACCUGGAGAAUAACCAUUCACAUCCUCACUCAUAUCACGAUGCUAAUGCGCAAACAUAACUGGAAUACAAGGAAGAAGAUAUUUUGCCAAUUUCCAGGUUUUGCACAGUAUAAAAGGUGGGUCAUGAUAUUGGGUAUUUUAAAGUGGGGAUUGGUUGGUUCUUUAUUAGUAAGGGUGCCAAAGGUAAUGGGGAGAAGGCAGGCAAAUGUGUUGGAAAGGGAAAAUUAGAUCAGCCAUGAUCGAAUGGUGGAGUAGAGUUGAUGGGCCGAAUGGCCUCAUUCUGUUCCUAUGUUUAGUUUAUUAUUGUCAUGUUUACCAAGGAACAGUAACUUUUUUUUAGUUUCAUGUUAUCUAGUCAGCAAAAGACUAUACAUGAUUACCGCAGUGUAUAAAAUAAACAGGAUAAAAGGUGUAACAUUUUGUGGAAGAUAAAGUCCGAUUAAAGAUUGUUCGAGGGUCCCCAAUAAGGUAGGUAGGAAGGAGGUCAGGACAGCUCUUUAGUUGAUCAGAGGACAGUUCAGCUGUCUGAUAAUAGCUGGGAAGAACAUGUUCCACAAUCAGGAGUAUGCCUUUUUAAACUUCUGUACCUCUUGCCUAGUAGGAGAGAGGUCAUCACUGGUCAUGGCCUUUAAAGAGUUAUACACAAUAGGCAAUAGGUGCAGGAGUAGGUCAUUUGGCCCUUCGAGACAGCACCACCAUUCAACGUGAUCAUGGCUGAUCAUCCCCAAUCUGUACCCCGUUUCUGCCUUCUCCCAUAUCCCCUGACUCUGCUAUUUUUAAGAGCCCUAUCUAGCUCUCUCUUGAAAGCAUCCAGAGAACUGGCCUCCACCACCCUCUGAGUCAGAGAAUUCCACAGACUCGCUGCUCUCUGUGAGAAAAAGUGUUUCCUCGUCUCCGUUCUAAAUGGCUUACUCCUUAUUCUUAAACUGCGGCCCCUGGUUCUGGACUCCCCCCAACAUCGGGAACAUGUUUCCUGCCUCUAGUGUGUCCAAACCCUUAACAAUCUGUCAACAGAACCACACAGAAGGUAAGAACAGGAAGAGGUCAUGGGGCGACCCAAAAUCUGGGGUGAUGAGAUGCAUCACUGGGAAACGUGAAUUGAAGAGCAACAAGAGAACUGUUAUUGCAGAGACCGUCUCAGCGAGUAGCAGGUCAGCCUGCCGUCUCGAAUGAGUUAUGACACGAUCCGAAGAAGAGCCUGUAGGAUUCAAAAUACAAAACUGAAUAUAAGUUGGACUGAACCGUGCAUUUGAAAUCGAUUUUCCAUUUAUAAAUGAAUCCUCUGAAACCUGUUGAAAGCCUCGCACGCUCUGGUAAAAAUAAUUUAUAUGAUAAACACAUAUCUUUAUGUCGCCGAAAAGACUUCGUGUGCCAUUUGUUGUCCCUUGACGCACUGGACAAGUUUGCACCUGAGCUGCAGAAAUGCCCAGAACGGAGCCGUUCUAGUAUUACAAAGACACCCGAGCUCGCAUUGUUAUUUUAAAAUGUGCAUAUAUUCCAAGAAUCGACGUGUUCAGAAGGCGGCAGAGUUCAAGCCACCGUUCCUACGGCGAAACAAACUAGGUUUCGCUAGCCCUUUGGUUUGAAAUAUGUGACAGCGGUGUCGGCACACGUCGCACAGUGAGCUGGAAGCAGAGCUUCUUUCAGUCAAAGCAGCUCCGAUUGCCCUUUGCACACGACUCUCUCCUAUUAACAAAUAGCACAGCGCGAACGAAUCCCCGAGUCAAAGCAGCUUCAGCCCAGCAGCAGAAACUUUGGGUGGUCGGAGGCGCCCCAUUCAGAUUGUCUCCGUGAAAAAAACGUUACGGUUUGAGAUGAUCUUUAAACAAGUAGCAUCUUCGACAAAGUGAUUUAAGUUAAUAGGGAGGAUAUCUGUUUAGUGCUUUCCAAGUUCGAGAGUAUCAUUUGGAAAUAUGGAUCAGUUUGUGGAUUCAGAAAGAGCUAAUCUGAUAACUGAAAGCAAGGCAAGAAUGUACACGCUGCGCCUGAAAAGCCCUUUUUCCAGUUCAAAAGAGGUCUACCCAAAUUAUCCACUUGACAAUGGAAACAAUGCCAACUCUAUUGAAUUGGAAAGAUAUGUAAGUCAGCACUGCCACAGAUCUGCAUCGGACACUGAAAAUCGAGAAAAACUACAAGCAAGAAGGAAACUCUUCAUUGCUGCCAUUAUUUGUCUUAUAUUUAUGGUUGGAGAAGUUGUAGGUGGCUACUUUGCUCACAGUUUGGCCAUCAUGACGGAUGCAGCUCACUUAUUGACGGAUUUUGGCAGUAUGCUAGUUAGCCUUUUCUCUCUUUGGAUUUCCACACGACCAGCAACAAAAUCUAUGAACUUUGGUUGGCAUCGGUCAGAGAUUCUGGGAGCUUUCCUCUCUGUACUGUCAAUCUGGGCAGUGACAGCAGUGUUGGUCUACCUUGCUAUCCAGCGACUGAUCAGCAAAGACUUUGAAAUUGAAAGCCAUGUAAUGCUUAUUACAUCUGGGUGUGCUGUAGGAGUCAAUAUCAUAAUGGCUGUCAUACUCCAUCAAUCAACCCCUUUCCACAGCCACAGCCACCACUAUGCAGCUGGCUAUGAGGAGUUAGAAAACAGCAGAGUUGAUGAACACUCUUCUCACCCAAACCAUCUGGGAAACACCAGUGUGAGAGCAGCCUUCAUACAUGUCAUUGGAGAUUUGUUCCAGAGUAUUGGAGUGUUUGUGGCAGCCACGAUCAUCUUCUUUAAGCCUGCAUAUAAAAUUGCGGAUCCUAUCUCUACAUUUUUCUUCUCCAUUUUUGUCCUGUGCACUACUAUUACUAUUUUAAGAGAUGUCUUCCGUGUGUUACUUGAAGGUAGGACAAUUCAAUGCCAUUUGCCUAAAAAUUGAUAAUUUUGAUAUUAGCCACGUCAGAUCUUCCAUGAAAAUGAGGCAUUAAAUAUACCAUCAAUCGUCAAAUUACAUUUGAAGUAUAACAAGAGGACAUGACUUCAGAAUUAAGGGACAGAAGUUUAGGGGUAAUAUGAGGGGGAACUUCUUUACGCAGAGAGUGGUGGCGGUGUGGAAUGAGCUCCCAGUGGAAGUGGUGGAGGCAGGUUCAUUGGUAUCAUUUAAAAAUAAAUUGGAUAGGCAUAUGGAUGAGAAGGGAAUGGAGGGUUAUGGUACGAGUGCAGGCAGGUGGGACUAAGGGGAAAAAAAAUUGUUCGGCACGGACUUGUAGGGCCGAGAUGGCCUGUUUCCGUGCUGUAAUUGUUAUAUGGUUAUAUAUGGUUAACAGUCAUUUGUGUUUACUUCAUUAAAUAAUAGGAGUAUAAAGUAUUAUGCUAAUAGAUUACUAGCACAUAAAUUCAUUUGCUUACAAAUUGUAGCAUUAUUUUGUGUUAGGAUCUCUGGCUUGGCCAACAUUCAUUGAUUAUACUUUAAUGCCCUGAAUUAAAUGGCUUACUUGACAGAUAAAAGAAAAACACAAUUUUGUAAGUCUGGGUCACACAAGGGCAAACGGAGUGAAGAAAGUAUUUUUCUUUAACCAAGAGAUUUGUCAACUGCAUGAUUUUUUGUGACAAUCGAGUAUUUUUAUGGUUAUCAUAAUUGACAAACAUUUUAUUCAGGUUUAUGUAAUUAUUUUAAUUUAAAUUCCCCAGUUGUCAUUUGUGUAUUUGAACUUGUGUUUCCAGAUCACUGCUCCAGGCUUUGCUUUGCUUAUAUUCUGACAAUUUAUAAGCAAUGCAAUUGUACGCAAUACACAAUGUGGGUAAACAGUGAUCUUAGAAAAACAAUGCAGAUGCAUCUUUUCCCAAAAACGACCUUAUCCUGAAUGUAGCAAUGAUGAAAAUAUCCAAUGGAUCUUUUCCUUGCAGUGAACAUUUAGAUGCGCAGUAAUGAUGAAGAGGCCUCAGCCCUUAAAGCACAACUUAUGCAGCAUCACUGCAGCAACUUGUGGUGAUCCCUACAAAAUGGAAGAAAUUGGCAGAAAAGUGAAGACUCCAGGUUAAGACGACAAGGCAGCAUCUCUGGGAAUGGGAUGUGCAAGAGGUGACUGGUCCAGCAGUUGGAUAGCAGUGGGAAAAUAGCUGUUCUUAAGUCUGGAUGUCCUCAUGAAUAUAACACGAUCAGUACAAAUUGACAACAACACUUACUACUCGAUAACCAUCAGCACAUCAAAACUGUACUCAGCUCCCUGCUCUACUAACUCUAUACCCAUGACUGUAACCGGUCACAGUUCCAACUCCAUCAUUAAAUUCACUGAUGACACCAUCGUUGUUGGGAGGAAUUACAGAUAAUGAUGGACAGAUGACAUUUCUUGUCGGGACCCUUCUUCAGACUGCUGGCAUGGAAUAAUGACACCGGAAUAAUGAAGUUUCUUUGGAGACUACAGUAUAGGGACAGAAGACUGUUGAGGUGAGAGAAGGAAGACAUCGGUGAAGACUGUGGCCAAUAAAUUAGCACUUGACUUCAAAACCUGUCCAGGGAUGCCAUCCGGGGUGGAGUUUUUCGAGAGUUUACCCUUGUGAAAUUAGUUUUGACUUCUGCCACCAAGAUGUAUGGGACUGAGUUAUUGGGGGAUGGGCAUCACACAGAGCUGGAGCUUUGCUUGCCUGUUCAAAAGAGGCAUAAAAUGCACUGAGUUCAUCAAGUAGAGAUGUGCUAUUGCCAAAGAUUGCCCCCAAUUUCGGCUUGUAGCUCGUGAUGGUAUUCAGGACCGCCACAGUCGUCUGGCAUCCAGUUGACUAAAUUGAAGCUCCACCUUGUUCUGCCACGUUUAAUGUGGCCCCACCACCAGUCACAUCUUCUUUUUGCCUUCCACAGAGACUGCUCGCUCUGCAACUCCUUGGUCACUCAUCCUUUCCCACCCUUAUCCCUCAUCCACCAGGUACUUUCCCCUGCAACUGCAGGAGACAUAACACUGUGGUAGUUACUUUACCAGACCGACAGUCAUGAUUAAAGAAGACAGCUCAUUAUCGCCUUGCAAAGGGCAAUUACGUUUGGGCAAUAAAUGCUGGCCUUAGUAGCAAUGCCCAUAUUCUGGGAAAUUAAUUAAAUUGGGCCAAGAGAAUCUACAUUAGAAAUAGUUAAUUACUAGAUAAAGUAUAGUUUGAGCGCUUAUACCGAAACAAAUCAAAAACUCUGGACUUACAAACACACUGUCCAUCCUUGACAAUGUGAUAAUGAACUGUUUUCUUGGACUGCUAAUAUCGUUCCGGUGAAGUUACUGCCACAGUGCUGCUGGGUAGCAAUCAGAGAUCUAAAAUACUGACAGCUGAAAUAAAAGAAUGUCUCACACUAUAUCCUCAAAGUGUAGGUGCUGUCAAAAUUGUGAAGAACAAUAGAAUUCUAAUUUUAAACCCGAGGCUUGCUUACAGUGAGACUGCUAUUGUGCCAAAUUGAGCAACAAGCUGCAGCAGUAAUUGCAUUUUCUCUGCAGUGGGUUCUUAAGAAUAGGGACUUUUGUAACUUACUCCCCUCAUGAAAAAAAUAACUGUAGAAAUUUCCCUUUCAUUGCUUCCAAUCUGAAUAAACUUUGUUGUUGUGCUUUAAACACAUGUAAUAACCUACUGUUCAUGCGUAGGUGCUCCUAAAGGCUUGACAUUUAAUUCAGUGAAAGAAGUACUUCUUUCCGUAAGAGGAGUGAAAGCUGUCCACAAUCUCCAACUCUGGGCUUUGACAUUGAACCAGCCACUGCUAUCUGUCCAUAUUGCCAUAGAGGAGAAUGCAGAUGCUCAAACUGUGCUUAAGGAAACCACUGAAAUCCUUCGAAGCAAGUUCUCCUUCCACACUACAACAAUUCAAGUUGAAAAGUUCACAGAGGACAUGUUAGACUGCAGCCAGUGCCAAGAUCCAAAAGACUGAGAUUGUCAAAAACCAAGAUCCCAGGAGGUGCCAUUUGUUGUUGUGUUGUACAUUUGUCUAUGUAUUUUACAUGAUUUCCAAAAAUCUAGCACAGCUUCCACGGCCAUUGAACUUACACCAUUUGGGUAUAGGAGCUCAAUGCUUUUCUGCAAAGCAAAAAUUCUAUGGGAAUGUAUCAAAAAUAGGCCAAAUUAUUCUUGAUUGAGUAGUUACUUCCCCAGUCAGAAACCAAAGUAGUUUAGUUUUAAUAUUUUGGGUGGAGGGCAAUACAGAAUUAAGUGGAGUUCAAUAAUUAUUGGUCUGAAUUUUCCUGAAAAUCACUGGGAGCUCUAUGUGCAACUGCAGGUGUUUUAUUCCAUCAGUGUCAAGAAACUGUAAACACGGUUUACAACCCUGUGUGCACAGAUCGGUCUUAGAUCCUCGCACCCCACCCCACCACGUGAUGUUCAUCAGCAAUUUCCCAAAGGAGCUCUGAAGUUGGGCUGAUCAAAGAAUCCAGAGGCAGAGAGCCAAUUUUCUGAAAUUUUCCAGCAAGUUGUAGAAGACAUUGGUGGUGCUACACUUGUUAUUCUGUGUUCAGUUUUUGUCACUCACCUACAGGAAGGAUGUUAUUAAGCUGGAAAGUGUGCAGAGAAAAUGUAUGUGGAUGUUGCCAGGACUUGAGGGACUGAGCUAUACGGAGAGGUUUGGCAGGGUAGGACUAUAUUCUGUGGAGUGCAGGUUGCUGAGGGGCGAUCUUAUAGGGGAAUAGAUAAUCUGAACUUUUUUACACAGGGUAGGGGAAUCAAAAACAAGAGGAUAUAAGAUGCGAUUUAAUAUGUACCUGAGGGGCAACCUUUUCACUCAGAGGGUGAUGGGUAUAUGGAACAAGCUAUUAGAGGAAGUAGUUGAGGCAGAUAUUAUAAUAUAAUUUAAAAGGCACUUGGACUGGUGGAUGAAUAUAAAAGGUUGAGAAGGAUAUGGGCCAAAUGUGGUCAAAUGGGACUAGCUUAGAUGGAGCAUCUUGGUUAGCAUGGACAAGUUGGGCUGAAUAGCUGCAUGACUCUGUAAGCCGCCCCCAGACCUAUGCCAAUUCACUGACUCCAUAAAUUUCAAAGGAGAUAUAGCUAUGACCGAGAAAGUACAUCUCAUGCACUUUAUAUCUUUUGAACUAAUUGGGAUGUGACUAAUUUUUAAAUAGUUUUAAAGUGAAAUGCAUAUGAGCAACACAGCCAUCUUUUUAUUUAAGAGCCAGUGAAGUCUGGGGACAAGGCUUAACCACCUUUCGAUGCAUUUCUGUGAAACAACAUGUGCAGCCUUGCUACAUGAAGUCAUUUGCAACCAUCCAGCCUUGUGCUACACUUGGCUUUGUUUAGCAGGUGGAGCAAGCUUCAUCUGGAAGUUGCUGCUUCAAGAUCUGUUCACAGUAAACACUGGCAGAAUACAGGAAUGGAGCAACUAGCUGCUGCUGCCAGGAAAUUCCAGGCCACAGUUUAUUGUGCACAACUUAAGGAAUCCUGGAGUUAAAAUGUAACAACUGGUUACCUGAACAAAAUCAGCAUAUUCAAGACAAAGGGAUUUCUUGAUUUAUUCAUGAUUCACCCAGAGAGAUGUGAAUCUGUGGAAUUCUCUGCCACAGAAGGCAGUGGAGACCAAUUCACUGGAUAUAUUCAAGAGAGAGUUGGAUUUAGCUCUUAGGGCUAACAGAAUCAAGAGAUAUGGGUAGAAAGCAGGAAUGGGGUACUGAUUUUGGAUGAUCAGCCAUGAUCGUAUUGUAUGGUGGUGCUGGCUCGAAGGGCGAAUGGCAAACCCCUGCACUUAUUUCCUGUUUCUAUGAUUUGAUUUCCAUCUUUGCUAGAUUCAUCUAUUUUUUUUAGUGACAAAGUAUCUUAUUCGAUUUGUUCAUCUUAAAAGUGUACAUCGUA